UCUGCGUCUGCGCGCAGUUCGAACAAGUUAAGAGACUAAAAUCACCAUCUCAGUGCAGUGCUCAAGAGGGUUACUAAGAAAAACCCUAGAAGGCAGUGACUAAAAACCAUUGUAAGCCGCAGAUAGUGUUUUUUUGUGUUCAUUCAAAGCUGGGAAAACGUUUAAGCCCGAUAGCACUCAAGUUUUUAUCUUCUUCGGGCCAUUGAGCAAUAUUCCUAGAGCCAUUUUCAAUAAGGAAUAAACAAUUAAUUCAAUAUUAAAAACAUAAAAGGAAACCAGACACCAAGCCACUGGAUACGAUCCCCGUCAACAUGUCCGCCAGCCCCUCAGCCUGCGAUUGUUUAGUGGGCGUGCCCACUGGACCCACCCUCGCCUCCACUUGCGGUGGCAGCGCCUUCAUGCUGUUCAUGGGCCUCCUGGAGGUGUUUAUACGCUCCCAGUGCGAUCUGGAGGAUCCAUGCGGUCGGGCCAGCUCUCGGUUUCGAUCGGAGCCGGACUACGAGUACGAUUUCAUUGUCAUUGGCGGUGGCUCUGCGGGCUCUGUGGUUGCCUCCCGACUCUCCGAGGUGCCCCAAUGGAAGGUCCUGCUGAUAGAAGCCGGUGGCGAUGAACCUGUCGGAGCCCAGAUUCCCUCGAUGUUCCUAAACUUCAUUGGCAGCGACAUCGACUACCGCUACAACACGGAACCGGAGCGGAUGGCCUGCCUGUCCUCGAUGGAGCAGCGCUGCUACUGGCCACGUGGCAAGGUCCUCGGCGGCACUUCGGUGAUGAACGGGAUGAUGUACAUUCGAGGCAACCGCGAGGACUACGACGAGUGGGCAGCUCAGGGAAAUCCCGGCUGGGCCUACAACGACGUGCUGCCGUUCUUCAAAAAGUCGGAGGAUAACCUAGAACUGGAUGAUGUGGGCACUGAAUAUCACGCCAAGGGCGGCCUGUUGCCCGUGGGCAAGUUCCCGUAUAACCCACCUUUGUCCUAUGCCAUUCUUAAGGCCGGCGAGGAGUUGGGCUUCUCUGUGCAGGAUCUCAACGGUCAGAACUCUACCGGGUUUAUGAUUGCCCAGAUGACAGCCCGUAAUGGUAUCAGAUAUAGCUCCGCUAGGGCUUUCCUGCGACCGGCUCGCAUGCGCAACAACCUUCACAUCCUGCUUAACACCACAGCGACCAAGAUCCUGAUCCAUCCGCACACCAAGAAUGUUUUGGGUGUGGAAGUGAGCGACCAAUUCGGGAGCAUGCGCAAAAUCCUUGUGAAAAAGGAGGUGGUUUUGAGUGCUGGGGCUGUUAACUCUCCUCAGAUCCUGCUUUUGAGUGGUGUGGGUCCCAAGGACGAGCUGCAGCAGGUGAAUGUGAGGACGGUGCACAAUCUUCCAGGCGUGGGAAAGAACCUGCAAAACCACGUGGCCUUCUUUACCAACUUUUUCAUCGACGAUGCGGACACGGCCCCACUUAACUGGGCUACGGCUAUGGAGUACUUGCUGUUCCGGGACGGUCUAAUGUCCGGCACUGGCAUUUCGGAUGUGACCGGAAAACUGGCAACUCGUUGGGCUGACAGGCCAGAUCUUCCCGAUCUCCAGCUCUACUUUGGCGGCUACCUGGCUAGUUGUGCCCGCACGGGACAGGUGGGCGAGUUGCUCUCCAACAACUCCCGGGCCAUACAGAUCUUCCCAGCAGUAUUGAACCCCCGAUCGCGGGGAUUCAUUGGCCUGCGCUCCGCAGAUCCUCUAGACCCGCCGCGUAUUGUCGCCAAUUACCUGACCGACGAGCGAGAUUUGAAGACCCUGGUGGAGGGCAUCAAGUUCGCCAUCCGGCUGUCGCAAACAACGCCGCUGAAGCAGUACGGCAUGCGGCUGGACAAGACGGUGGUGAAGGGAUGCGAGGCCCCUGCCUUUGGAAGCGAUGCCUACUGGGAGUGCGCCGUGAGGCAGAAUACGGGUCCGGAGAACCACCAGGCCGGCUCCUGCAAAAUGGGUCCCAGCCACGAUCCCAUGGCAGUGGUCAAUCACGAACUGCGCGUGCAUGGCAUUCGUGGACUCCGCGUCAUGGACACCAGCAUAAUGCCGAAGGUCACUGCUGGCAACACGCAUGCUCCUGCCGUGAUGAUAGCGGAGAAGGGGGCCUACCUGUUGAAGAGGGCCUGGGGCGCCAAGGUCUGACGCGUGGAUGCGACGUGGACGUUGCAUAGAGUAAUUUAAUCAGAACCCAAGCGAAAAUUACUGCGAGUAAAAAUUUAAGCGAAAUUACACUUAAGGCACCUCAGAUCCAAAACUAAACUUUUCUAUAUACUACCUUGGUAUAAUCUAAUUUAAUCCAAUCCAAUACGAAGGCUUCUCACUCUAGGCACACCGCGUUGCGCAAUCUCCAUUAAUAUUCAACAUAAGUUAGCAAGCUACUUUUAAACUAACUACUCUGACCCACUGAAUAUGUAGUCGAACUUCUUUAACUGCACAUUUAACUACAGUCUUCAAUUAAAACACGAUAAAAUGCAUAAACUUAAUUUUGCAUACAUUAAAAAUAGUUUCUUUUUUAUUUUGGUGGUUUUCAAUUAAUCGUAAAUUCUUUUACAAAAUCGCAGACUUUGAAUUUGGUUUAAAUUACAAACAUUUAUGACAGUUUUAGUUAGAUAAGUUUGACUACAUAGGUUUCGUUCAAUGUUCGUUUUGUAAUGAACGUUGAGUUGACCAUUUAAAAACUACACUUAACCUACGUAAUUUAUGGGGACCCACUGAUCAUGUAAAUUUUGCAUGUUGUUCGUGGGACUUUAAAUUCACUAUAUUUAAACUAAUUCUUGUGACCCAUUGACAAUGUAAAUUUCGUUUAUCGUUCAUUUUGCAAUUGCAUCGUUGAAUGAUGUCCUAUAUUUCUGUAUACGCGUAUAUGACAUGUAUUUAUUGUUCGAUUAAAGUGCAACAAUUUAGUUUAACUGCCAAA